UAUGAAAGCGAUAGUAGGAGGAUUUGCUCCUCUUCUUCAAACAUUGACAGCACAUAUUUAACAACUCCCAGGACCAUGGAAAACUCUACUCACUUUAAGGUCUUUAGGCUUGCUGCAUACGGUGAUAUCGGACAAUUGAAGUAUUGCUACUUUGCUGUAGUAACUGUUUUAUAUUUUGUCAUCAUUCUUGCCAAUACUUUACUUAUUGGAGUUAUCUGCAUUGAAAGAAGCCUUCAUGAACCCAUGUAUAUGUUUCUAUGUGCUUUGUUUGUUAAUCAGUUGUAUGGGAGCACUGGUUUGUUUCCUGCUCUCAUGUUUUACUUGCUGUCUGACACACAAGAUAUUUCCCUUCUUUAUUGUUAUCUCCAGAUUUAUGUGUUGUACACAUGUGCUCUAACAGAAUUUAGUAAUUUAGCAGUUAUGUCCUAUGACAGGUACAUCUCUAUUUGUUAUCCUCUACAGUAUAAUAAUAUUAUGACACCUAAAACCAUUUGUGGCUUAAUUCUACUGUCCUGCUCGUCUUCUUUUUUUCUCAUCGCCAUCAUUAUCUCCCUGAGUUUGCGACUGCAAUUUUGUGGUAACAUUCUAGACAGACUGUAUUGCGACAACUACUCAGUCGUCAAGCUUGCCUGUUCAAAUACUAUGCUGAAUAACAUAUGGGGUCUUGUUGUCACUGUGCUUUAUAUUUCUUGUACUAUAUGUCCUACCAUAUACUCAUAUAUAAGAAUUCUACAGAUAUGUUUAAAGUCUUCUAAAGAGACGAAACAGAAAGCAUUUAACACCUGUACACCACAUAUAGCCUCUUUGCUGAACUUCUCCUUUGGCUGGUUAUUUGUGGUUCUACAAGGCAGGUAUGAAACUGCAGAUCUUCCACCUAUACUUCGCAAUAUUUUAUUCGUUUAUUUUCUGAUAUGUCCACCAAUUUUCAACCCUUUAAUGUAUGGCGUUAGGAUGGUUAAAAUCAAGCAUGCUUGUAACAAGGUACUAGGCCUUAACCCUGAAACAUAACCUGAUAGUUCCUUUGUGUAAUUUAGAAUUAUGUGUUUUCUUACUUAUAGUUGCUAUAAUUGACUGAAAAAAUCACAUCAAGUUUACCAUGUAUUGUAACUGAGAAUCCUUUGUGUCAUAUAAGCUCGUUAGCUGCAUAACUACAGAGCAUCAAGGGGAGCUACCCACCCUACCUUCAGACUAUGCUCAAAUAGAUGCUGAGUGGGAUCUUUGGGAAGACCCUACACCCAAACCCAUUCUGCCAGAUCUGGACUCUUGGCCCACCUAACUCAGGACAGCUAUGUACCUGCCCAUCUUCCUAAAACGUUCGUCUAAAUUUUUUGUUGCAGUUUUCAAGUUAAUUUCCUGCAGUUCUACACAUUUUGCCAUGAGGCAGAAAUUAAGGGAAUCUCUCACAAAGGAUGUAUAUUGCAGGUUUUUUCUGCAAUGUAUAUGUAAUGAGUGCUUACUUAUUCUGUCAGUGAUGGCUCAUGACCGGCAUGUCUCCAUUUGUAUUUUAUUCCAUAACCAUUUUCUCUCACUUAGCAGUUGUUUAACUCUCCUGUGUUGAAAGUGCACUGAGUAACCUGCAUGGUAUAUGUAUCAUAGCUAGUUUAAUGGUUUCACCUUUUGUGUUAGUUGUGCUCUCAUUUGUCAAAAUAUUACUUAUUUGCUUGAAAGCCUCAAAGGAGUCAUGAAAGUAGGCUUUUAAUACAUGUGCUCCCCACUUGAUCACUUUCAUCAACUUCUCUACAACCAUCCUUUUUUCUGUUGUUUACAGUAACAGAGAUAUCAGUAUAGUUUAGCCAUGGGGGAAAGAUAUUCUAUGCCCGUGCUACAGAAGGCUAUAUUGGUCCGCUAAUGCAGGACAGUAAAGGCCUAGUGUGCUACUUUUGUGAGAAAAAAAGUUAUCCAAAAAUAUUAAUAUUUGUUAUUAAUUCAGAUUUUUCAGGGGGUGCUGCAUCACCCUCAGCACCCCUACUUCCUGUAGCUAUGUUCUGUUCCCACCACUGUAGGGAUUAGGACCAAGGAGACCAGAAAUCUGAAUCUAAACUGGUACCAAUUAUGACUUUAGAUGGUACAGCAGCAGGGCCAGGGUUACUGGUUUGAAUCCCAGGACUGACAGGAAUAUCUGUCAAGAUGUGAGCUGCCAGAACUGAAUGCUUAUACUGUACAUUUGUUUUUUUAUCAUCAACAUAAUUGUUUGUAUUGCAUUUUAUUUCUGUAAAUGUAUUUUACUGUCAGAGAACUGUAGAGCACUGUAGUAAAGUCAAGUCAGGGAUGCUGCUGUGGCUCUGACCCUACAUUCUUCUAGAAUGUCAGUGGAUAUGUACUGUAUGUGUGUUUCAGGGGGGUUGGGGAAAGGGCAAAAUGAUGUGAGGUUCCAAUAAGUUCUGUUUCUACAAAUGGGCAGUAAAGUAUUCCUCUAGUAGUGAAAGAUCUAUAGACUUAGAUCAUCAGUAUAUCUGUCCCAUUAUGGCAUCUGCGAGAGCACUGGAAGCACCAUUGAGGCAAUCUCCAUUUUAAAGUAGUCCAUUUUCUUCUACGACUUCUACGAGUUUUCAAACAAACUGGAAGGGUGCAUACUGCCACCUGGACAGUGUUUUUUUUAAACAAGUAUAAAGCCCAGGUUGGCUAUUUACUGCCACCUGCAGUUAUGGAAAGUUUGCUCAUAAGUAUAAUUCAUUGUCUGAUUCCCCAGUUACUACUUCAAAAUGGUGAAGGUCCUCAAUGACACAGCCCAUGCUAAAACUGGCUUUUGGACCAGUCACUGAGCUAAAGGCGGAUCAGCCCAUCCAGCAUUUGCCCUAACUACCUGGCCCGUCUGUUUCUGCUUAAUUCUUAAAUAUAUGUUCACACUGUCAUUUAUGCGCAUGUGUUGUUUAAUACCACUAUCCAAUGAUAAUGUCCCUGAGAUUGUGAGUUGAUUGUGAGUUGUGUUCGUUUUAACAUAGAGAACCGCCUACAGCAUGUUAGUGGUUCCCGCACAAGGUGUCGGCACUAC